GACGCGAACAAGAAGGAGCGCGACACAGAGAGGUGUGCUUGUGCCAUCCUAGCCAGAUCGUAUUUAAUUUUCUGGACGUUGAGAAGUGAGCAUACAGUCAAUAAUGCGAGUUACCUUGAAGUACAGUAAACAGUAGUCGAGAUUCUUUCACUGGGUACGGAAAAAGAUCACUUGUGAUGGCUACUACGCAGCAUGUGGAGUCAAGUUCUCCGGAGAACAAAAGCGAUCAUGGAUUUGACUCUGACUCCAAGCACCCAUUGAAAGUUCUGUACUGUGGAGUGUGUUCCUUGCCUACAGAAUAUUGUGAGUAUAUGCCAGAGCCAGCCAAGUGCAGGCAGUGGCUUGAGAAGAACUUUCCAGAUGUAUUUGCUAGGAUGAGUGUGGGCAAUGCACCCAAACAAGAAACUGGCAAUGGAGAAGCUCCCCCUACUGGCGAGGAGGAGGAGAGAAAAAAACAGAAGAGAGGUGGACGAGGCCAGAUUAAACAGAAAAAAAAGACUCUGCCACAGAAAGUCACAAUAGCAAAAAUCCCAAGAGCAAAGAAAAAAUAUGUCACCAGAGUGUGUGGCUUGGCGACAUUUGACAUUGAUCUCAAAGAAGCUCAGCGGUUCUUUGCCCAGAAAUUCUCUUGUGGGGCUUCUGUUACAGCUGAGGAUGAAAUAAUCAUUCAGGGAGAUUUUACAGAUGACAUCAUUGAUGUCAUUCAAGAGAAAUGGCCUGAGGUGGAUGACGACAGCAUUGAUGAUUUAGGAGAAGUCAAGAAGUGAGAGACCCAGAAGACCUAGUGUGCACUUUUACGGAAAUGGAUGUCAUGUAAUAACCUGGCCAAAUGUACACAUUAAGAUUAAUUUUCAUUUGAAUAUGGAGCUGCCAGGCAAGAGGAAGGACAAAGAGGAGGUUUGGACUGUGGACCUGGUCACUCGCUCACAUUUUUAGCCAUUGGUAGCUCCUUUUAUUUCAUUUGCCAAAGGUGCAAUAUGAUGUGGACUUCUCCCAAAUGCUCAUCACUAAAUCAGACUGUAGGCUAAUAAAUAUCAGCUACAUAUAUAUACCUGUUUGUCUUUUUUAUGUUAUUGUUCAAAGAAUUUAAAAAUACUGGAUUGUUCAAUGUUUUCUUAACACAAUGCUUUGCAAUAAUUACUUGGAUUUUGUAGAGGUACAACUAAGGGCCCAGAUACACCAAACUGAGCAGUGGCAAUGAAGGCCGACUGUUGCGUUGCUUCAUGUCGCCUGCCGUCUGAGCCAGAAAGUAGCACUU